AUGGCGGAAAGCGACGCAGUGUGGGACCGGCUCUUUGAGAAGCUCAGCCAAUUCAAAUCUCGAAAUGGACACACCAAGGUGCCCAAGCACUACAGUGAGGACAUGGAACUGGCCACAUGGGUUUUGGAACAAAGGAAGGACUUCAAAGUGUAUAUCAUGAUCAAGAGCGAUGCCGAGAGAGAGAAGUUGUUUGCAAAUGAAAACUUCGCCCUGACACCAAGCAGAGCAAAGAAGCUGGAGGAGCUGGGCUUUGAAAUGAGCAACAAGAAUCCGCGGCACAUACGAUGGGAUUUCCGAUUCCAACAGUUGAAGGAAUUUAAGGAAGAAUAUGGUCAUACCCAAGUACCGAUUGGUUGGGACGUCAACGUAAAGCUUGCAAACUGGGUGUCAACUCAGCGACAGGAAUUCAAAAAUCUUAGGAAGGGCCGAACAUCUCAGCUCAACGAGCAAAGGAUUGAGCUUUUGAAUGAGCUCGGCUUUGCCUGGGAAGUGCAGCGAGGAGGACGUCGUCGGCAAUUGACGUCUUUGGCCUCAGCCUCUAAAGAGACUAAGAACGAUUCCGGUAUUGUACCAGGAAGAGCUUUGGAAGGUGGCGGUACUGAUGUUGACGCGACGGCACGCGUCAAGAAGUCACCCAUCCGAAAGCAGCAGCAGAAGAAGGCGGAACAGGAUUCACCGGAGCAAACGAGCAUUCACGAAAACCCGAAUCCAAAUGCGUGGGAGCACCGUGCAAUGGCGGAAUCGCAGAUGGCCGCUCAAGCAAUGAAUGCGGCAGCCGCUGCUGCUGCCACAGGGCCAAUGUGGGCCGCCGGAUUGCCGCCACAUCAAGCACAUUUGAUGGCCUACCAGCAAUACGCAGCCAUGAGUGCGCUAUCGCCCCAUGCCUUUUUCGGCCCGUAUGCCGGCAUCCCACCACACCUACUGCAUGGUGCCUCGUUUGGAGCUCAAGGGGGCAUGUUGCAUCCUCAGCAUGACGCUACUGACGUGAUGCCGCCUGCCAAUUUUUUGAGGGGGUCGGACCCACCCUCUGACUCUCCGUUUGGGAUCCCUGAAGGCACCACGAAUCAUUUGCAUACUGUGAGAACCGGUAAUCGCGAGAUGGGAGGAGCCUCGAAUGUUGGACCGAACGGGGCCGCCACAAAGAGGCAAAGUUCCGACCCACCCGCAGAUACACCGGCAUCGGCAGCCAAAAAGCAGAGACGCGCUGACAGGGUGAAGGCAUCAAAGUCAAAACGAACAAGUGCGAAUUACUCUGAUGCCACGCAAUGCGACGAAGUGCCUUCCAGCGUGAUAGUGAAGAAAGAAGAAGGAUCUCCCGAAUCUACCAAGUACACUGAAACAAGGUUCAAGAAUGAGGAGAGGAUGGUUGGCCGUGGCUUUGCAAUGUCGAAACAUUCCAUGUUGAACGGAGAUGAAGGACUCUCCGCUCAUGAUGGACGGCAGUCGAAUGAACCCCCAGGUGAGAAGCGCUUUUCGAAUUGCAACGAGGCUCACUUUGAAGAUGCUGAAGAAGACAACAGCUUGUAG